UCUUGCAGAUGGAAAGAGGCAGGCUUCCAUCUCUUGACUUGAUGUUUGCUGCUGUAUAUAAAAACGGAGGCUUGAUACUUUGCCUACUUGCCUACAUUCUGGCCUUACUUUUAGAUCUUACGGACUAUAUUACCUGGACUACUAAUCCGUGGAAUUAAUAUGGUAUUGACUAAGGUCACUCAGCGAAAUAAUAAAGGUCGGACACCUCUAUGUGUUGUCUCUCCUAAUGGACUCACAGACGUUGUAAAACCUCAACAACAGAAUGGCACUGUUGUCAGUGCUAUGACCAACGCUGCUUGGACACCUCUCCAUCUUGCCUGUCGGAAUGGACACACAGACACAGCUAAACUUCUACAACAAAAUGGCAACAAUGCCAAUAAAGUGGACAAAGAUGGUGACACUCCUCUCCAUCUGGCAGUUCAAGAGCAGGAAUUUAGGAAUCAGAAAUGUCCAACUGGGGAUUAUCAAGCAUGACUAUCCUUUUAACACUAAAGAGCAGAGCUUCCAGAUGCUGCACACAUGGUACACAAGUUGUGAUCCAGAGAGACGAACACUCAAAACACUCAGAAAAGCUCUUGAGGAAGCUGAAUGCUUUGAGGCACUUCAAUGUCUACCAUCAGAAGAAAAGUGAACUUGUGUGUAAAUGCUGCAAUUGUUUAGUUCAAGGUCAACCUUGACUAAACAGA